AUGAAAGAUGCUUGUAGUUACAUGAAUGGUUCUUCUUACUCACCAAUAAAUACCCCAUAUAUUGAGAUAAAUGGGUGUGAUCAGCAUGAUUCUGAAUCUACACGAUUGUUAUUCCGAACAGAAAUGAUUGAUAACUCUGAAAGCAAUGUAGCUGUUCAUUGUAGACAUCCAGUGUAUGCCUACAAAACAUUUAAUUCUGAACAUGUAAACAAUGAACAGUUAUUAAAACAAUGUACGAAUGUUUCAGUAUAUUCAGAGUCUUCAGAAUCUUGUCAGCCUUGUUCCACAUAUUCUCCAGCUAACAGCCAUGAGAUUUAUGGUAUAUUAUCAGAAAAAAGCGAUAGAAUGUACUCAAAAAGUACAACUAUUCCAAUGGAUAAUACACUCAAUUUUGAGAUAGCAAAUAGUCACAGUAACUACGAAAUUUAUUAUAAUCGGCCAAGUAGUUUUUGUGGGCCUAUUGAUAAAGAAUAUUCAGGUGAGUGGUCAGUGGAUAGAAAUACUCCGGAAAAAUGUGAUAAAAGAAGAUUGAGAAGUUCUAGUAGUUCGUUUACAAGUGAAGAGUUUGAUUUAAGUGCUUGUGAUAUAGAGCAGUGCCUAAUGCAGAUUGAGGAGAGUCUUUUGAAUAUUGAACAAAAUCUUCGGCACGUACAGAAUCUUGAAAUUCCACAGCUCAAUAGUUUGUUAAAUAAUAGAUUUAUUGUUGAUAAAAAAAAUUACAAGAAACUACGACUUUCUCGUAGUGCAAGUGAUGACUGGCCUUUUAGUAGAAAUAUCAAGGGUAAUAAUGCAUUUAAUAACACAAGACUUUCACAUUCUGAUAAUGAUAUUAACGUAGAAAAAAGAAUUCGUUUCAACGAAGCUAAAAAUUUUGAUGUGUUUUCGUCUCGAAAAUCUUUUCUUAAAAAAUCAGAGACGUUAUUAGAAAGUAAUUUUGAAAAAUUACAAUUCCUUAAAGAAAUAGAAACAAAUAUUACUAACUGUCAUAAUAAUAACUCUCAUAAAAACAAUAAUGAUAAUAAUGAAGUUAAACAUGUAGAUACAGAAAAAAAGCCUAUAUUUAAACGUAAAAAAAAUUUUUUAGAUGAUAAACGUUGCUUUACUAGCUGUAAGAAACGUAAAACUUCAGUAAAUAAUUAUUUUUCUAAAAAUAAUGGUCCCGUUUUCAACAGAAAAACACUAACUUCACAAGGGACACUUGAAAAGUAUGCAAGAGAAUCAUUCAAAAGUCGGAAGAAAAAACGUGAAGCAUUUAAGAGAAGUAUGAAUUGUCAAACAAAUGAUUGUUUAUUUAAUAAAAUAAAUGCUAAAGCAAUUGAAUUCCGUGAAAAACUUGAAACUCUCACGAUUGAAGAUAAAUCUCAUGAAACAUGUUGGAAAGAACAAGGAGAGGUUGCCUCAACAGAUAAAACUCACGGAGAAAGAUUUUCAUUAGAUAAUAACAAUCAUAGAGAUGUUAACGUUGACAAAAAGUUAUCGGGUAAUGAUAAUCGUAAACAAAAAUAUUUUCCUAAUAAAAUGCAAUCUUCUGACAAUGCUAUUGUACCAAGAAAAUUAUUAUCAUUAUCAUUUUCAUUACUCCUAGCAGCUUUACUUCAAGCAGUAAGAUGUCUUGCAGACAUAGUUGAAGAUACUUUUCGCUCUGUCACCCUUGAUAAAUAUGCUUUACACGAAUAA